UUGCCAUGGUUACCAAACACAGAGUCCAGUGCUCCAGCCUGAACAUUCCAGAAGAAGACAGGGAGGAGCUGAGAUGGCCUUCUUCAACUUGUAUCUGUUGGGAUAUCAAAAUUCCUUUCGGAACAAGAAAAGGGACACAACUGAAGAAGCAAACCAGAAGGAACCAGUGUCCACUAGGCUUCCACCUAUUAUCUCAGAAGAUGGGAAUUAUUCCGUGCACCAGAAUAGCCAUACAAAGUACCAUGAAGCUGUAAAGAAGGUGCUGUUAAAGACGUUUCCCAAUCAGGUCUUCAGAGUCCCCUUAACGGAUGCUCAGAACUUCAGCUUCUGGCGGUCCCAUGGUCCAGGAGUGCGUCCAGAGGAAACCAUGCCAUGGAUCCGAAGCCCCCGCCACUGUCUCAUUAAAAGCCCAAUGACCAGGUUUAUGGAUCACUCUGUUCUUAGUGACAGGCACUUCAGUCUGUACUGAGCAGGAUGUGUUUGCAGAAGGGCCAAGAUGGACUGUGGAAGCAGGGCAAAGAAGGAGAAAGUGGGAGAAGGUGUCCUGGUUCCACUGAAGGACUAAUGGGAGGAGGGGAUCCCAAAAGCAGAGUAAACAGAUUGGACUAGAAGUCACUUGUAUGUACCGGAAGGAGGGGGGAUUAUUCCAAUGCCCAAAUUCCUGUGAGAUCA